AUGGCUUCUAUCGGUCGUAGACCUUGGGCUGUCUCGGACAAGACGACGUUCCUUCGCUCUCGUGAAACCGGAAACCACACUGUGAGCCUUGAACCGACCACCAUCCCAGCGAAACAUCGUUCACGACAAGGCCCAAGCCUUGAGCAGUACCGAGAGACCGUCCACGAGGAGGUGACCAAGGACUUGAAAGAUGUACAGCAAGACUUAACUUCCAGCAUUGAUGAUCUUACAGUCAAGGUCGAAGAACACUUCAGAAGCCUCAACAGUAUCGAAGAGCCAUUGCAAAGACCGUUUUUCGCAGAGGUUUUGAAUGUACAAACCAAGCCGAACAUCGCAACUGGCGAGGGACAUCAAGAGAGGCAAGAAGUCCUUCUCAGUGACCGGGUCGCAGCGUUUCGCAAACUGCGGAAAGAUAAGGAGCUUACAUUAUGCAAACUCUGGGAAGACUGGGAAGAAGUCCAAUUCGAACUGAUCGGCCUGGCAGCAGAAGUCUUUGGCCCAGAAUCAAUGACAUUCGCGCAAUCCCGGGAAGAGGAUAUGAAACCAGGUCAAAAGGAGAAGCUGCAGAAAGCUCUUCAGCCUGUUCAAGGUGCGCACCAACAGGCAAAGGAGUCAUCCGGAUCUUUGGAGGAAGACCUUCGACAUUUUGAAGCGAGCAUGCUUUCAAUCGCUUCCAAGACCAAAAAGACAAUGACGGAUAUGCAGCAGCAAUACAACAUCCAAAAGAACAAGAUUUUCCAGGGCCUUCGACGGCACAUCGAAUUACUGGCAGCCCUAUGA